AUGGCCCCGUCCGUGACAAACGGAUCAGUUGCGACACCGCCAGGCUUACCCGAAGAAGUCAGCAAGCCUCCCGAGGACAUUGUUCUGCCUCCGAAAGAUAUUAGAAAUCGAGUCCGCGACAAAGAAAGAUCUAAUCCGAAAUUCUCAUUUUUGAAUCCGAGUGAUGCCUAUGCUGCAUUUUACUCAUGGCGACUUAGCGAAAUCAAGGCGGGUAGGGGGACUGCAAUUUCUGCUGGCCGGGCUGGGGAACCAGUGGCUGCACCAGAACCCGAAAAGCCGAAGGGCCCGGCUCAGCCCCCAGAAUUUCAUUACUCUGCGCGUAUGCCGAAUAUCAAUGCUCUGGAUCUUGAAGUAGUCAAACUGACUGCCCUAUUCGUCGCCAAGCGAGGGAAAUCGUUUAUGACCGCCUUGUCCCAGCGCGAAACGAGAAACUUCCAGUUUGACUUUCUUCGGCCACAGCAUAGCCUCUACCAGUUCUUCACCCGGCUUGUUGACCAAUACACAUCCCUUCUUCAAGUCGAUGAGUCGGAUGGUUCUAAUUCAAUGUCGAGCCGAAUAGCGGAACUAGAAAGGAAUGUGAAAGACAAGUAUCAUAUCCUCGAUCGGGCAAAACAACGCGCCGAGUGGGUUAAAUUCCAGCAGCAACAGAAGCAAAAGAAGGAGGAGCAGGAGGAGCAAGAACGGAUUGCAUAUGCCCAAAUCGACUGGCAUGAUUUUGUAGUGGUGGAAACGGUUCUUUUCACAGAGGCGGACGACCAGGCUGAACUCCCACUCCCAACAACGUUGAACGAUCUACAGACUGCCUCCCUAGAACAAAAGGCAAUGAUGUCUCUACAACCGCACGACAGACGAAUCGAGGAAGCAAUGCCCACAGAUGAAGAGACAACAUACUACGACGCCUAUCCACGUUCGCAAGACGUCUCAUCCCCAGCCCCACAGCACACUAUCCCAGUUCCUGUCACAACAGAGCACCAACAGCCGUCCCCCUUCGCCCCCAAAUCCCCUACGCCUAUCUCAACCCCUACAACCCCGAUGACCGCCCCCUAUGUCUCUGAAGAAGAAGAUCGCAUCCGCGAACGCCAGCAAGAACGCGAACAGGCACAAUCAGCGCAGGCUGCUGCGCGCGCCAUACCCACGCCGCCUCCAGGCUCCACCCAACAACCCAUGCGCAUCCGCGCCGACUACGUGCCCCGCGCCCAAGCCAAACGCCUAAACACUACCGCCGCCCCAACAACCCUCUGUCCCAACUGCCGCCAGCAAAUCCCCAUCAACGAAAUCGACCAUCACAUGCGUAUCGAGCUGCAGGAUCCGCGUUGGAAGGAGCAACGCGCAAAGGCCGAAGCCCGCUACGCAACUACAAACCUCUCCACCGCAGAUGUUUUCAAUAACCUCAAGCGUCUGGCUAGUCAACGGACGGACGUGUUCGACCCAUCUCUCAGCGCGGUGGACAGCCCGGGAGCCACCGCUGGCAGUGGUGGCCAGGAGGAUAAUGGCAGCGGCUCACUGGAUCCAGACGAGGAAGCGAGACGCAAGCGCGCCGCGACAGGUAUGGGGAUUGGUGGAAUGCCACCCGGUGUGCCUGGUUAUGAGCUGGCGCCGGGCCAGAGUCAAGCGCCUGAUGGGAAAGCCCAAACCCAAGGCCCACAUAUCCCCGGGCAUCCACCACCUGGCGGUCCGCCGCCUCCAGGACAGACUGUUAAUAUUGAAGAGCAGAUUAGACAUAUUCAUCAGAAAUUUAAGCAGUGA